UUGGACGACUUGACAACUUUUCUCGAGCAUUUGUAUUUUGUCUUUUGCAAGCUAGAUAUCUAAAUGAACAUGACCAUCAACACGCACGUUUCAGCAACUAUGAACUAUCCGGAGCAACGUUUGUUCCUGCUUGUGUCACACUCAAAAGGAACCGGGUGAACCAGGAAGAAAAGAUGACAGCUGACUUAUUUUAUCUGGAAAAGGGCAAUACAGUAAUUUCCGUUUAAAAACGGCCAUGGUCUGUCUACAGUGAUCACAUUUUGUCCUACUUAGACUACAAGAUUAUCUUGACAGAGCCGCCAGAGCAUUCAGUGCCCACUCUUGCCAGGACUGUACUAUGCACCCCAGGUCUGGCCAUUGGCAGAUGGUAUCCACGCUGGCCUUGGCUUCCAGUGGGCAAGGCUAACUGUGUGGCAGUAUGUCCAAUGGCAACGAGUCCUGCAUGACGGGAGAAGGCUCAGCCGCCUUCCUGGCUUGCGUGUUCCAUGCGUGGGAGGAGUGGGCUGACCUGGGCCGCCUGGAGGACUAUUUCAGCGUUCUGGAGUACCUGGUUUGGGUAUUCACUCCUCUAGCCAUCGUCUUCAUCCUGCCUUUCCUCAUCGUCAUCCUCCUCUACCUGUCCAUCCUCUUCCUCCACGUGUACAAGAGGAAGAACCAGCUGAGGGAGGCUUAUUGUAACAACCUGUGGGACGGGGCGAGGAAGACUCUGGCCACGCUUUGGGACGGGCACGGGGCCAUAUGGCACGGCUAUGAGAUCCAUGGUAUGGAGAAGAUCCCAGACGAUGGACCAGCUCUUAUAGUGUACUACCAUGGGGCGAUACCUAUUGACUAUUACUAUUUCCUGGCUAACAUCAUCCUUCAGAAGGGACGGACCUGCCACUCGGUCGCUGACCACUUCCUGUUCAAAGUCCCAGGGUUCAAGCUGCUGCUGGAGGUGUUCAGCGUGAUGCACGGGCCCCAGGAGGAGUGUGUGAAGGCACUGAGGAACGGCCACCUGCUGGGAAUCUCCCCGGGAGGGGUCAGGGAAGCCCUGUUCAGCGAUGAGACCUACCCCCUGCUCUGGGGCAAACGCAAGGGCUUUGCUCAGGUCGCCAUCGAUUCCAAAGCACCAAUAAUUCCAAUGUUUACUCAGAAUGUGAGGGAAGGAUUCAGAUCACUGGGAAGAAUGAAGUUUUUUCGAUGGGUGUACGAGAGGUUUCGAUUGCCGAUAGCGCCAGUGUACGGAGGCUUCCCGGUGAAGUUCCGGACAUUUCUGGGUGACCCCAUCCCCUAUGACCCCAACACGAAUGCCACAGAGUUAGCAGAAAAGGUGCAGCAGGCCGUUCAGGCUCUCAUCGACACACACCAAAAGGUUCCAGGGAAUGUUCUCCGAGCCCUGUUAGAACGGUUCCACAGGAGACAGAAGGAAGACUGACCUUUCUGUUACAAAGAAGUCGGUCUCUGUACAGUCGUUUUGUAUUUGCUCAACCUGGGGGGUAUUCCAGAAAGCAGGUUAUGCGACAAACCCGGGUAAGUUAACUCCUCAUAUGACAGCCAGCGUUGUAGCAACAUUGCCAGUAGGUUGCUGCAACAUUGUUUGUCAGCUGGAGAGUUAACUUACCCGGUUAUGUCGCAAACCCGCUUUCUGGAAUACCCCCCUGGACACAGGGAGGACAAGCACCCCUUUCAGUUGCCUAUUACAGUACUGUAUGUAAGACUUGUGCUAUAUGCAGGGUUUGGCGUGUUGUAACUCUUGUUAGAGUCUACUGUCAUUGGUCAGUUAAGGUGGUGGAUGUUGAUUUUGUUAUCAUGUCACAAACAGUUAGAUAAUCUAUCAAUAUAAUCAACAACAGUUGUUGUUGUUUUAUGACAUUACUGAUAUUUUACCUUGUGUGAGUUUAGUGUUGUUUUAAUGUUGUGGGUUUUUUUGUCACUAAGCAACAUAUCUUGUUAUGUGGUGAGAUAAUAAUGCACAAUUUUAAUUUUAUUAUAUUUGGUUAAUGUGAGAUGUGCAGUAAAAAGAUAUUGUGCUGUGUGUAUAUUUUGGAUGUAAUGUAUAGUCAUUGAUUCCACAACUAAUUUUGCACACUUUGGAUUUGUUCAGUACCACUGCCAACAAUAACGUAAUUUUUUAUUUAAAAAAGCCUUUCCAAAGACCAGCGGAAGUACCUAGUCAUAUGGGAGUUAAAACUGGAUCCUUCUUAUUUCUGAAAUGUUUGCCUUUUUCUUUUGUUAAUUGAAGUUAUUUUAUAAUUUCUUUAAUUGUGAAAUUUCCAAAUGUGUUCACUAUGUUGAAUUAUGUAGACGUAUACUGCCAGCACUUUUAAAUCAGACUGAGAUCCGUUAACAAGCAUUGUGAUUCAGGACUACAAUGUAAUCUCAAUAAAUAUAUUUUAUUAUGAUAGA